AUGGCGAACCCUUCGAAUCCGCCCUCGGGCACUUCUACGCCUCGCGCUUUUACCAGCCACAGCACUACUGCCGAAGAGCUCCUCAAAUCACAGACCGUUGGACUGGUCAAUCUCGCCGAUUUUCGAAAACGACGUGCCGAUGUGCUGGAGCAAAAGGACAAAGAGGCGCGUGCUGCAGGGGCAAAUACACCCGACGUUGAGGAUAGCGAUGAAGCGGUGACGCGGCGAUCGGAUCAACCUCCCAAGAAAAAGAAAAAGAAGAAAGCAGCCAAGGGCCUGUUGUCUUUCGGCGAGGACGAAAACGAAGAUGAUGGAAGCGGAAUAUCUACACCUGCUGCACGCAGUUCCCGGACCUCAGCCGAACCGUCGCCUGAGACGUCGGGCAUUGCGCGGAAACUGACGCCGAAUCCGAAAUCUGGGUUACCACCGCCGCGGGCGUUGACGAAGGCUGCACUCGCUGCGGAAGCAGCGGAACGAGAGAGGCUGAGAAAGGAAUUCCUCGAGAUGCAGGAGGCUGUGAAAGAGAGCGAGAUCGCGGUGCCGUUUGUGUUUUACGACGGCGCGAGUAUCCCCGGUGGCACUGUCAAAGUGAAAAAGGGAGAUCAUAUCUGGCUGUUCUUGGAGCGGUGCAGAAAGGUCGGCGCCGAGUUAGGCGUCGGUGGGAGCGCGAAUGGAAGCGGUGCGACUCUCAAGACCAUUGAGAGCAGCAAGAAGCAAUGGGCCCGUGUCGGCGUUGAUGACUUGAUGUGUGUCCGGGGCGAGGUUAUUGUACCGCAUCACUACGAGUUCUAUUACUUUAUUGCCAACAAAAUACCUGAUCCGUCGAGAGAGGGUCGACUGUUGUUCGAGUACUCGAACACGGUCGUCAAGAAAGACGAGGACGCACCAUUGUUGCGUGUGCCUGGGCAAGAGAAAGAGAUCGAGGGACAGAAGGACGACCCGACGUUGACAAAGGUCGUGGAUCGGAGGUGGUAUGAGAGAAACAAGCACAUUUACCCAGCCAGUGUAUGGAAGGAAUUCAAGGUUGGCAAGGAGUUUGAAGAAAUGUCCAAGGCGACCCUCUACCUGUCCUUAUUGGAAACUGCCAACCGUCAAACCCUGGCUCCGGAAGAUAUGGAAAACCCUCUGAUCUGCAACAACUACCUUCGCCAAACAUGUCGGGCAGUCUUGACGCGUGAAGCAGUCGUUACAACGUGCUUACACCUUUUCUGUGUCAACUGCGCACAGAAGGCAGCGCUAUUGGGCUCCGCGUUGGACCAGCGCUGUUGCCCUGCCUGCGGAAGCAACCUCCCUAAUCCUGAAGAUGCCCAUCAAACAAGACUGAACCCUACCGAUAAUUACAAGGCAAAUGUCCUUAGCGGGUUUGACCCUUUGACCAUCCUCGACAUAGCCUCGAAGGCCAUGUCAUUUUGGCAGUAUCAGAGUGCACAAGACACAGCGUAUCGGCAUAACGUGGUGAGGGCUCUCAUGGACGAGUACUCGAAUCUCGAAGCAAGAAUGGAAAAGGCCUCCCAUGAAGCCAGGAUUGAGAUUCAGACUCGGCAGAAAAAGUUGGAUGACCUCACAAUGGAGUACCAAGAUCUGCGGAAAAGACACGAGGAAAUGGUCGCUUCUUAUCGAGAGAAGGACCGUAAGCUCAAUCAGACCCAAAAACUCUACAAUGCCCUCAAACAACGAGCCCAGGCUGAAAACAUGUUCCCUUCUUUCGCGUCGAAAAAUGUUGAGCAGACAUUGCAGUCGAUCGAGAGCGCACGGCGGUCCGAUGCAGGGUUUAUCAAGCCAGACAUGCUCCGUCACGAGUUUCCCCCUCGAGCCACGUCGACUCAGCUGGGAAGUGGCCUGCAAUCGAGAGGGGACACACAGAAUAGCAUUGAGCAGCUCUUUCCGCGUCUAAGGUCUGGAAACAGUGUGACUGGAUCUGUUCAAAGGGAGAUGUCAUUCAAACGGACAGUUCCGGGUUCUAACCUCCCGAAACCUGGACCUUCUGGCACGCUGUUGCUUAGAGAAGCGCUGAAGACCAACACUCGGAGUUCCGUUAAUCCAUCCCAGCUGCCGCCGGUGGCUGCAACGGAUAACACCCAGCCAGAUCAGCAUAUACCAGGGUCUGUUCGAAACCGGCCUCUCCAUGCUAGGAAGGAGUCCAUUUCGGUGCAGAGCCAUACUGAAGCCUUACCUAGUGCAGGGGCUGGUAGACCUGGAACGGCUGGGCUGAACGAUGUGAAUCACAAGUUUGAUCAAAUUGCUGGUCAGUAG